CAUCAAUGGAAAGAGAUCAACCAUUCCUUCACAUGAACGGUGGCAAAGGAGAAAUGAGUUAUGCAAACAACUCCUCCAUACAAAGACAAAUGAUGCUUAAAGCCAAAUUCAUACUUGAAGAAACAAUAACAAGGCUAUAUCGUGAUUCUUCUCCGACCUGCAUGAAAGUAGCAGACUUAGGUUGUUCUGUUGGAUCAAAUACACUUCUUGUAAUAUCAAACAUCAUUAACAUCGUUCAUACAACAUGCACUCUCUUAAACCGUGAUCCACCCACAUUCCAAUUUUAUCUCAAUGAUUUAUUUGGAAAUGAUUUCAAUACCACCAUCAAGUUACUUCCAGAUUUUUAUACAAAACUGCUACAAUAUAAAGAACAUGAUUCAUGCUUUAUUAAUGUCACACCUGGAUCCUUCUAUGGAAGACUCUUUCCCAGUAAUUCCAUAAACCUUUUUCAUUCCUCCAACGGUCUACACUGGCUUUCUCAGGAUCCAUUACUGGGAUGUAAGGAUGUAGCAUCCCUUAACAAGGGUCAUUGUCAUAUAGUUAGCACAAGCCCUCCUGAGGUACACAAAACUUACCUUAAACAGUAUCAGCAAGACUUCAAAUUGUUUCUGAAAUCACGUUCUGAGGAGCUUGUGCCUGGAGGAGCAAUGGUGUUGAUGCAUCUCGGUUAUCAUGAAACUCCUAGAAGAACAAGUUGGGAAAUAGUUAGUUUAAUACUCAAUGACAUGCUCUUGGAGGGUUUGAUUGAAGAAGCAAAAUUAGAGUGGUUUAAUAUACCAGUGUAUGAACCUACAGUUGAGGAAGUUAAGAAUGUGAUUGAGGAAGAAGAGUCAGUGUUUCUUGAGAGAUUAGAAGUUGUAAUCUCGGGUUGGGAUGAAGGACUAAACAUUGAAGGUGGUGAUGGUGAAAAUGUAAGAGCCGAAAUCAUUUCCAAGCACGCACGUGCAGCAUUGGAGCCUCUCUUGUCAGAAAAGUUUGAUGCAGAGGUUAUAAAUGAAGUAUUCGUGAGGUUUCAGAACAAAAUUCUGCAGAUAAUGAAGGUUGGAAAAUUAGAGAGUGCUACUUUUAUUAUGUCCAUUACAAAAAAGGCUUGAAGGUGUUUCUUAAAAGAUCUCAAAAACUAGUUUUUUUUUUUUUUUUUUCUGUCAAUUUAUUGCUUUGAAUUUUAAAAUAAUAUGAAAUCACUAGCAGG